ACUCCUGGAAUCAGCAGCCGGCCCUGACGGGCCGUGAGGUGCUAGCGAGUGUCCUGUAGCCAGGUGGGGGGGGGGUCCUGCCCCACACACUCUAGUACCCCCCAGCGAGGGCAGAAUCCUGGCGCGGCCCCUUUAAGAACUCAGCCGACCGCUCUGCCUGCCCCCCUCCCGCCGACACGUGCCGCCCCAUGUGCUGCCAGCCCCCCAGGCCUCUCCCCCUGCCGCCUUCCCGAUUGGCUAAAAGUGGGUCAGACUCCUCCCACCCUCCGGUUUCCUAUUGGCCAAAUCUAGGUCAGCGCUCCCCUCCCCCCGCCCAUCGCCUCCCCCCCCAUGGCCCGGACACAUGACCGGCCCGGGCGCACGAGUCCGGGCCUUGGCAAACAUUCCCAGGCCGCCGAUUGGCUCGGCCCGAGGCAGCUGGGGUGAGGGCCCCGCCCCCCUCUUCAAGCCCCGCCCUCUUUUCCCCAAAGCGGGGAGUCGGGCAAAAAAAGCGAUUAAAAAAAAUCCAUCCAGCCGCCACCGACAGCUGCGAGGCGCUGGUGGAGCCGGGGCCGCUGAGCCGAGAUCGGGGGCAGCGCGAACUUCCCUGCAACGCUGCACCCCCAAAACCUUGGGGUGCCCCCACCAGGAUACCCGGGGUGCUGGGAGGAGGAAGGAAUCUCUGGCCCCCGCCUUGCGGACCCCCCCCCGGGCCGCUGGCAGGCGUGAGAAGUUGUUUUUGCUGCGGCAGAGAAGUGGGUACCGGGGCUCUGCCAGGCUAAGGGGGGAACCGGCUGUUUUGGGGUGCGGGGUCCCCACAGCAGAGAUCCACCGCAGCUCGUCGCCGGACCAGAUCCUUUCUCCGAGGGAUCCACCAGGAAGCUCUCCUGGCCCUUGGGAUCCCCAGCUCCUGUGGGCUCAGCGGGGAUCCCCGACAGGCCAUGGCCAGGCCAGCAGCCCAGCUGGGCGCCGCGGAGCGGCUCCCGAACCCUUUGCUCUCCUCCCCGCCGUUGGGGGUGCCCGGGGCCGGCAUGGUCAGCCUGAAGAGCCUCCUGCAGGGGCCCAUCAAGAGCCCGGAGCGCAGGCCCAAGGACCUGACCACCUGCCUGGCCAAGGAGAAGGAGCGGAAGAUGGAGGAGGAGCUGGGGGUCGCUCGGGCGGGACAGUGCGCCUACCUGGGCUCCCUGCUGUGGGAGCGGACCCUGCCCUACAGCGAGAUCGAGUACGUGGACCUGGACGAGUUCCUGCUGGAGAACGGGCUCCCCCCCAGCCCGGCCCAGCCACCCUUCUCCCCGGCCAGCCAGGCCACCAGCUCGCCCUCCAGUGGCAUCGCUGUGGACCUCAGCCGCCCGGCCUCCUGCACCUCCUCGGCCUGCUCCUCGCCCGCCGAGUGCCCGGGCAGCAGCGACGGGGACCAGGGCUGCGCCACAGCAGGUCCGGUGACCCCUGCCUCCCGGAACACGCCCAGCCCGGUGGACCCCGAGGCGGUGGAGGUGCUGAUGAACUUUGACCCUGACCCCGCGGACCUGGCACUAUCCAGCAUCCCAGGUCACGAGACCUUUGACCCCCGGAAGCACCGGUUCUCGGACGAGGAGCUCAAACCGCAGCCAAUCAUGAAAAAGGCGCGGAAAAUCCAAGUGCCGGACGAGCAGAAGGAUGAGAAGUACUGGAACCGGCGCUACAAGAACAACGAGGCGGCCAAGCGGUCGCGGGAUGCCCGGCGGCUCAAGGAGAACCAGAUCACGGUGCGGGCUGCCUUCCUGGAGAAGGAGAACGCCGUCCUGCGGCAGGAGGUGGCCAGCAUCCGCCAAGAGCUCUCCCGCUACCGCACCAUCCUCACCAAGUACGAAUCUCAGCACGGCGCCUUGUAGGAUGCCGGCCACCUGCACCGCCACGCACCUCGGCCUCCCCGCAGACGGGGGGGGGCUGCUUCCCCGCAGCCAGGGUGUGCCCUCUUUCCCUCUUCCCCCGCUCCUGGGCUCCCCCACUGCAGGGGCGCCUGGGCUCCAGGCGGCUCCAGCGGAUGGACCAGGAGCAAGGAGAGACAUUGGCUCGGAACUGGACCCUGCUCCCCCUUCCCGGGCGGAAGUGGGGAGCCAGGCAGACUCUUUCCCAGGAGCGGGCUGGAGAGUGGGGGGGUCUGAACUGAUGACGCAGCGCCCCCCCCAGCCCUGCAGGACUAAGUGGGGGUUUGGGUGGGUGUGCACACAUACGCCCCGCCCCACCGAAUGGAAGAGGUGGGUGGGAGGCACAGAGCCAAUCCGUGGCAGGGUUAUCUGAUGGUGGGAGGGGCGGGGAGCCAGGACUCCUGGUUCUCUCCCCCACUCUGGGAGGGGAG